AUGGACCACGACCAACAGGUCAAGGCCAAUAACAAAGGCCCGAAGGCAUGCGCCACCUGUGCCAAAGCCAAGUCUCGUUGUAUUCCCGGUCCGAGGGAUGGUGUUUGCGAGAGAUGCGACCGGCUAAACAAGCCCUGCUCAGCACAAACCCCAGCGCCGCCGCGGAAGAGGAAGGCCCCCAAGCCCACGCGCGUCGCAGAGCUAGAGAAGAGGCUCGAGGACCUCAGCGCCCGCGUCGAGUCACGGCAGCAGGCCCAGGCCCAGGCCCAGGGCCGGACCCCGACGCCCUCGGAGGGCGAGUCCCCGGCCGAGAACAGCUCCAACCUCUCGCGGGCCGCCAAGCGGGCGAAGAGGUCGCCGUGGGAGGUGGGCCCGCCGCAGCCGGCGUUCGGCUACAUCUUUGGCGGCGAGGAGAGCGGCGCCGCGAGCCCGACGCACGAUGAGGACGGGCGUGGUGCUUCUGCCUCUGCCUCUGCCUCUGCCUCUGCUGCUGCCAGCCGGCACCGGCCAUCGCACAGCCCCGUGCUCUCGCACAAGACGCCCGGUGUUGCCACGCCGGCGCUGCGGGAUGAUGGGGACAAGGCCUCCCGGGGCUCGCCCACGUACCUUGGCCGGCAUGACUGGAGCAGGAGCCUUGCGCAGGGUGGUUCUCAGUCUGGGCCGGAGUGGCCCAGGGGCGAGGAGGCUGAGAAGCGGUUGGCUGAGUACCGCGAGCACAUGGAGCCCAUAUUCCCAUUCAUCGUCAUACCAAGACAUAUGAACUCGGAGCAGUUGCGGAGAGAGAGGCCGUACCUGUGGAAGGCUGUCAUGAUGCAGACUCUCUGCCUGGACGCGGGCCGCCAGAUCCCGCUUGGCAACGAGCUGCUCAACGACAUUGUCACGGCGUGUUUCGUCCAGCCAAAGAAGAGCUUUGAUCUCUUACAGGCCUUGGAGAUCCUUGUCGCUUGGUGGCAUGUGAAGCUACAGAGCUUCCAGAUAACCAAUUUGUUAUACCUCAUGCGCUCCAUGUGCGUGUCGCUCGGUUUCUCGGAGUCCCAGGAGGCCAUGAACAACCAGGAGCACGAUUCCACAAGCCUGGAGCAGAAGCGGGCUUUCACGGGUGUAUACUAUCUGGUGACAAUGAUAUUCACCACGAACAAGAAGCCGGACGCCUUCAUGAACACGACCUACCUGGAGUCAUGUUGCCGGGUCAUCGAAGAGAAGAUGGAGUACCCGACGGACGAGUUCAUCGUAUACCUCACGCGGACCCAGCAGCUCUCCCAGUCCAUCUCCAUGACGCUGGCGUUCCGCAACGCGAGCCUGCCCCUGUCCAUGAUCAUCAAGAGCUUCCAGGAGCAGAUCGCACAGCUGCGGGCCUCGAUACCCGAGAGCGUGAAGAAACACGCCGCCAUCAAGACCCAGCUCCACAUAGCCGAGAUCCUGCUGUACGAGGUGGGGAUCCACGACGACCUCUCGGCGUCCCUGCCCGUGACGGAGCGCCUCGAGCUGCUGUGGGAGUGCCUCAAGGCGACGCGGUCGAUGCUCGAGGCGCGCUUCGAGGUGCCGAUGGUGGAGCGGCCGCGGCAGACGUGCCUGUCGUCGUUCGACUACACGUACGCCAUGCUCACGUCGCUGAGGCUGUCGACGCUCGCGCUGCCGGGCUGGGACCUGGCGGUCGUGCGGCGCCAGCUCGACGCGGACAAGUUCCUCGCCGUGCAGAUCGCCGAGGUCAAGUGGAUGCUGGAGAGGCGCAGCGGCGGGGCGUGGCGGGCGCCAGAGGAGGAGGACGUGCUCGUGCCCGGCAGGGCCCCCGGCCGCGACGCGCUGGACCCGCUCGAGACGCUGUACACGCGGCUGCUGCAGCUGCGCAUCCCGCUGCGGGCGGAGCUCCUCGCCGCGGUGGAGCGCGAGAACAACAACAGGGGCGAGUCCUCCUCCGGCGGCGGGGGCCGUGAGGUGCUGCUGGGGCAGGCGGGCGUGGGGGCGCCCGGCGUGGCCGCCGCCGACAACAACAACAACGCCCUCGCGGGUGAGGAGCAGCUCGGCGCCGCCGUCGAGGCGGCCAUGCUGGACUUCACGCAGGACCCCGAGGGCCCGUUCUGGCAGGACAUGUACCGGGUCAACGAGUGGGAGACCAACUUCUCGUCGCUGUUCGGGUGGGGCGUGGACGACCAGAGCGUGCCCGUGUAUGCGGCGCCCGGCCAGAGGUUCGAGAUUGCGGAGGCUGUUGGGAGCCAGAUACCGCUUGCGCCGAGGCCGUGA